AGAGGUUUAUAUCCAGGUCGUGUCGCGUCUUCUUCCUUAGUCCUUACAUAUCUACGAUUGCGGUAUUUGUUUGGAAGAUAAAUUCGAUAACUUACAAUGUCUGGAAGAGGCAAAACCGGAGCAAAGGCCCGCGCCAAGGCCAAGACUCGUAGCUCCCGCGCCGGGCUGCAGUUCCCCGUCGGCCGUGUCCACCGUCUCCUCCGCAAGGGUAACUACGCUGAGAGGGUUGGCGCCGGAGCUCCAGUGUACCUGGCCGCUGUCCUGGAGUACCUCACCGCUGAGAUCCUGGAGUUGGCCGGCAACGCCGCCAGGGACAACAAGAAGACCCGUAUCAUCCCUCGCCAUCUUCAGCUGGCUGUACGCAACGACGAGGAGUUGAACAAACUACUCGGCGGAGUGACCAUCGCCCAGGGCGGCGUCCUGCCCAACAUCCAGGCCGUCCUGCUGCCCAAGAAGACCGGACAGUCUGCACCCAGCUCCGGCAAGGCGGGAAAGAAGGCCUCCUCUCAGUCUCAAGAGUAUUAGCCUGCUGGCUAAUAACAUAACCCCAAAGGCCCUUUUAAGGGCCACCCACUCUUCAAUGAAAGAGCAACAUUACCUAUCUAUUGCUGUCCUGUCUCAGUUUUCGCAUUUUUAUUUAAUAAACGCUUUUUAAAAAAAAUAAAAAAUAAAAUAAGUA